CUUAACGCCACCUAGCUCUCCUGGGCAGUAGCAGACUCUUCAAUCGGAAGUAUAUGACUGGUGCAAGAUUCUAGAUAAGUGGAUCUCUGGAUCUAUACCAUCACAGGGCUGCACUGUAUUUAUGCUGUUGCUGUACAGUGCCUCUUAAAAGCUUUCUUUGAGGCCAAAUUCUUUUUUUCCUCAUUCAUUCCUCUCACGGUUCACAGACCAAGAUGGCGCUCUCCCACUCAAGUCCCUCCCCCUUGAGUAGGGGGUUAGGCGACAUGAGGCUCUGGCGUGAUCGAAUCGACUGGAUUCGUCUCUGGUUCACCGGCAUCAUACCCAUUCUGGCGUUGAUAAUUGGCAGUCUCUGGGUACCUCUGCAGUCUGGCACCGCCAUCUUCUCCUCAGUUUACCUGACGGUCUCUGGGAUUAGUAUCACCGCAGGGUAUCAUCGCCUGUGGGCACAUCGGGCCUAUUCCGCCGGGAGACCCUUGCAACUCAUCUUCGCAAUCGGCGGGGCCAGUGCAGGGCAAACCUCCAUCCGGACAUGGUGCCGGGACCAUCGCGCACACCACCGCUACACCGACACCGAUCGGGAUCCCUACUCCGCCCGCCGAGGGCUAUGGUACUCGCAUUACGGGUGGGUGGUGAUGCGCCGGAGACCGGAGCAAACCGGCCGGGUGGACAUCCAGGACCUCUCCAGUGACCCGAUCGUCAUGUGGCAGCGGAAACACUAUCUCACCCUCCUCUUUCUGACGGCUUACAUCUUCCCGACCCUGUUCUGCGGGCUCAUGUACGGGGACUUUGCCGGAGGAUUCAUCUGGGCCAGCUGCGUCCGACUGUUCCUGAUCCAGCAGGCCACCUUCUGCGUCAACUCGCUGGCGCACUGGGUCGGCGACCAGCCGUUCGCCAACCGUCUCUCGCCGCGCAACUGCUGGUUCGUGGCGCUCAUCACCUGGGGCGAGGGCUACCACAACUUCCACCACGAGUUUCCGGGCGACUACCGCAACGCCAUCCGGUGGUUCCAGUAUGACCCGACCAAGUGGUUCAUUUGGCUUUGCGAGAAAGCUCACCUCGCCUGGAACUUGCAACGAUUCCCGGAGAAUGAGAUCCAAAAGGGUCGGUUCCAGCAGAUCCAACGGCAACUGGAACUUCAGCGGCAGGGGAUUUCCUGGGGCACGCCGGUGGAGCAACUGCCAACUUGGAGCCUUGGGGAGUAUACUGCACGUGUCCAGAAUGGUUCUUGCUUGCUUCUGGUGGAUGGGGUCGUUUACGACGUGAAGGAGUUUGUGGGGAAGCAUCCAGGUGGGGAGAAGUAUUUGCUGGAGCAUCUGGGUAAGGAUGCUACCAAGCUGUUUCAUGGUGGUGCAAUUCAUGCGCAUUCCAACGCGGCGGAAAAUCUGCUCUCGACCAUGCGAUUAGCGAGGAUUGUCGAUGUCGAUCAGCCUGAGACCUAAUUUCUUGUGGUGUUUCAUUGGCAGAAGCAAUGAGAUCUUCUUUGCUGUCAGAUAAUACUGGACAAAGUAUUUAGUGUCCUGUAAACCUGCAGUAGUUCGAUCGAUAAUGUUGUUGUGUUGCUGUGUUGUGAGAAGGCAGACUGGCCGGUGAUGGGCGCUAACAAACGCCAGCUGGCGGAAUUUGUCCCCACCCACUAAUAAAAGCUCGACUGGCUUUUCUCGCCGCAAACAUUUCACGAACUGCCUAAUUAUAUGCUCUGACAGCUUCUGUUUGCAGCAUGGUAUUUUGUCUGGAUGUAUGCCAGGGCAUCUCUUGCUGGUCUGAUUGGUUGCUUCACUCUAGCGCAAUCAGCGUACAUACACCACGUGAGCUUUCAUAUUGCACAAAAAUACCUGUCGGGUGUUGAG